ACCACAACAGAAACAUGGCUGCCGCAGCUGCAGUCCGGUCGAGCGUGGGUCUGACUUUGAGACUUACUCGAGUCAAACCGGACUGUAGCACAUGUCCUCUGUACCGGCUGAGUAGCGGGUUGACCGGCGGGGCGGGCCGGCAGAGGAGCGGCUCCUUCCCCAGCUGCAGGACCAUAAACCGACAUUUACAGACGAGCAUGGGUCUCCACCACAGUGAGGAGGGGGUCUCCAAUGCUGAGGACCCAGAGGAUGUGGUGAAUGUGGUGUAUAUAAAUCGAUCUGGACAGAGGAUCCCAGUUAGAGCCAAAGUGGGAGAUAAUGCUAUGUAUUUGGCUCACAAGCAUGGAAUCGAGCUGGAAGGAGCCUGCGAGGCAUCGUUAGCCUGCUCAACAUGUCACGUCUAUGUGAACGGUGACCAUUUCGACAAACUGCCAGAGCCUGAUGAGCGGGAGGACGACAUGCUGGACAUGGCGCCCAUGCUCCAGGAGAACUCCCGGCUCGGGUGCCAGAUAAUCCUCACUCCAGAGAUGGACGGUAUCGAGUUGACCUUGCCCAAAGUCACCAGGAACUUCUAUGUGGACGGCCAUGUUCCCAAACCUCACUGAGAAGAGGCCCAAAAGACGAAGAAGGGGGACUGGGAAAGAAAUGAGGGCGUCUCUGUGAGCUCGACACCACGUGUGCUGGUUGAGAGAGGGGGCGACGCACGGCCAAGAUAGUAACGUCCGUAGCAACUCCCAAGACGUCUUGCUGACUGACAAAUUCAACAGUUGACCAAUGACAUGACCGGCCUGCAGAUGAGAUCACAGUCAGAUACUGAUUCUCACUGAGGGUCAAACUAAUGGUUUGUUCAAAAAACAACUGGGAUGGUUUGACUGAUUAUGUAUUUAUUUAUGUGGAGCAUUCUCAAGCCCAAACUAGACAAUUCAAUCUAAACUGUUCUUUGAGAGGACUUUGACAUUUUAUGGUUGUCAUUGUUGAGCCAUUUUUUAACAAAGUAUUGUUAUGCCGUCAAAUGGAACAUUCCUUGUUACAGCUCAUAUACGCACAAGUAUCACAUGAUGUUCUCAGUUCAGCAUUUCACUUUUUUUGGUGCGUCAGAUAUUGUAUACAUGGCAUUUAUUCUCAUUUCUACGAGUCUGGUUCUUUAGUAGCUGUUUUUGUUUUUCUCCUGCAAGGACAAAAGCCAGAUACAGAGGAAGCAGCUGUAUAUUAUGAUAAAUGUAUCUGGAAACCCAAGGUUGGUGGGAGGGUGGACUCUUAAAUACACAAACCAGACUGUAGAAACUAAUUUUAUUCACUAUAAACAAGCAAAUCAUUCUUUGUGAGUUGUGUUUCUGAAGGUCAGAUGAAAGAUGCAUGUUGAAGCACUUCCUGUCAGGUGACAGUGUGGCUCGACGAGUUGACGUGGUUCAGGUUUGCUGUGAUCCUGGUUUGAAGCUGGUCGACACAAAAUCAGUUUACCUCAUCUCACCUUAACUUGUUCGUCUACUCUACUUAAAUCCAGCUCACAUUCAUGUCAGUGAACUGUGUGUAUUAUGUAUUAGAAAACAUUAAAAGUUGUGCAAUAAAAAUUGAUUUCAAAAGUA